AUGGAGUUGACAGCGUUAGCUAAAGACAAGGUGAGCGAUGAGUUCCUUAAGUCUCUUUGGCUGAAGCGUUUGCCACCACAAGUGCGCGCUAUUCUGCAGGCAUCGAAUGUGGCACUAGCAGAACUGGCGAAAUUAGCAGACCGUAUUUGCGAGGCGGGUGAUUUUCAACAGAUAGCUGUAGCGUCAGCCUCUGAUUGUCCAGCCUAUUCUGAGAAUGCUGUGAUUUUACGAAGGCUUGAGCAAAUCGAACAGCGUCUGAGUCGUUUGGAUUUACGUCGUAGUGAGUCGGUGCAAAGUCGAUCGUCAUCGAGGAGGCGUAGGCGAACUCGUUCCCGACCAGGAAGUCAUCCAGAUUGGUGCUGGUAUCACGAAAGGUUUGGUGAUAGAGCUAAUGCUUGUCGGCAGCCCUGUAGUUUUGUGGCAGGCUCUCAUCAGUCAAAAAACUAG